AUGCCUAAUGAAUUUAAUUCCAAUUAUGCCACUAAUGAUCAACUUGUAUCCAAUGCUUUAUAUUCUUUAAUGCCUGCUAAUCAGUUUUUUUUUGAAAACAAACCUCAAGAAUUUGUUAGUAGAUUCAAUAAUAGUACUUCAUUGGAUUUGCAAUUAUAUGAAGCAGGUGGUGAUACUUACUCUGAUAAUAGUUGCAGUGCUCAUUUAGUUAAAUGUGAAGCAGACAGUAUUUAUUUUGAUAAUAGUUGCAGUGCUUCUUUAGUUGAAUGUGAAGCAGAGGGUACUUACUUUGAUAGUGCUCCUUUAGUUGAUAAUAAUGGCAGCUCUUACUUUGCAGAUAGUACUUAUUCUGAUAGUACUUCUUUAGUUGAUAAUAAUAGCAACUCUUACUUUGGCUUUAAUGAUAAUAUUUCUUUCAGUAAUGAUUAUAAUCUUGAUAGUUAUUUUAGUAAUCUUGAAAUUGAGUCUUCUAGUGAUGCUAAUAAUAAUGCUAGUGCUUCUUUAGUUGAUAAUAACAGUGCUCUUAUUUUAGCUUUAAUGAUAAUAUUUCCUUCAGUGAUGAUUAAGAUCUUGAUGAAGGAUACUAAUAAUGAAUAUAGGCAGGAUGAUAAUGAAAGUGAAUCAGCUUUGUUAGAAUUGAAAUUAAAUAUUACACAACCUAAGACAAUGGCAGUAGUGAAGAUUAAUUUAUUUGAUAAUACUUAUAACCAUUCGCUUACUUCUAUGAUUGAUAAAAUUAGUUUAUGGUAUCACAAGUUUAUGCCAGAAAUAUUAUUUGAUAUUGAAAAAUAUGUAGUCAAGGAUAGAAUAGAUUCUGGAUCAAUAUUUUCAUUACUACAAUAUGACUAUCCUAAUUAUCUUUUAAACAAAUGUGAUAUUUAUAAUGCCGUAUAUAACUUUAGACAAAAGAAUAACCCAG